AUGCAAACGGAGACACAGUGGCGUUUGAAAGAACCUGUCCUCGACACAGAGAAGUAUCUCAGGAAUCCUGCGAAACAUUCGCCAUUCCGAACCGCCAGUUAUCGCCCCUUCUACUGGUGGGACGUAGGACCCGACUCGGCUGAAGCGUCCUUGCCGUGGCUCGCUAAAUUCGAUCCAUACCUCCGUGCAGACAUCGCAAAGAUGCGCAAAGACAAGUAUCAACGCGAGUACGACGGAUGCAACGUCUAUGCGUUGCAGAACCAAACCAAUCUGAGGCGCAAGGGGGCGAAGUACGGCGAUGACCGCUGGACGCACAUGAAGCGCUGCCAAUUGUGCGACCAUGAUAACGUCGUUGCAACCACGCCUGGUUGGUAUCGCUGCCAGGGAAGGUCGUACUACGGUACGCAGUGCACGGGACAAUUCGAGGUGACUGUACGGGAUGCCGCGCGCGCUCGGAACAUGCGCCCUGAGGACCUCAAGCCAUACGAGGAUCUAAGCGACCGCUAUGACUAUGAGGCACGCCGAAAGAAGAACAUGGCGAGAACGAAGGCACUCCCUGUUACUAAACCACCUGGCUUUUGGAAGCGGGCAUUGGGUGUAGCCUGACGUACAUCGGCAGAUGCGGGUCUCUAAUUACCUUUGUAUAUGCUUCAGUUGUACUGAGCCUGUAAACUGAUCUUGUUCGAGGCACAAGUUUGCUCAUGUAUAUAUGUAUAUGUGCCUCUGGUAGGCAGUGUAUGGAAU